CAAAAUAUUAGCUUAUAUUUUUAGAAAUUCAUAAAAAUUCCAAUGAGGAAAAAUUCUUGUCAUUUGAUGAUAAUCCAAUUGACAGUCAUAAUUUUUGCAUUGUUUUUCUCCUUAAGUGUUGAAUGUCGUCUUACAAGUAAAGUGUUUGAUGACUUGUCUCUAGAUUCGUCAAAUAAUUCCGAUGUUUUUUUGAAUGGAGGGGAAAAAUGGGCAAUUUUAAUAGCUGGCUCUAGUGGUUACGAAAAUUAUAGGCAUCAGGCAGAUGUUUGUCAUGCAUACCAAGUGAUGAAGAAGGGCGGUCUCAAAGAUGAAAAUAUUAUCGUCUUCAUGUAUGACGACAUUGCAUUUAACGUAGAUAAUCCUAACCAAGGUGUUAUUAUAAAUAGACCAGUUGGCAGAAACGUUUAUACAAAUGUUCCUAAGGAUUAUACAGGAAAAAAUUUGACUACUAAAAAUUUCUUCGCGGCUAUACUUGGUUAUAAAAAAGCCAUCAAAGGAGGUAGUGGAAAGGUUUUGGACAGCGGUCCAAAUGAUCACAUUUUCAUAUUCUACUCUGACCAUGGUUCUGCAGGGAUGCUUGGAAUGCCUCAAAACGAGCCUGCAAUUUACGCCAAGGAUUUCAUAGAAGUUUUGAAAAAGAAGCAUGCUUCAAAUACCUACAAAUCCAUGGUUAUUUACCUUGAAGCUUGUGAAUCUGGAAGUAUUUUUGAUGGUCUUUUGCCAAAUAACCUAAGCAUAUAUGCAACAACCGCGUCAAACCCCGACGAGAGUAGUUACGCAACCUAUUGUGAUGGAGACCCUGGCGUCCCAUCGGAAUACAAUAAUACAUGUUUGGGUGACUUGUAUAGUAUCUCUUGGAUGGAAGAUAGUGAAAGAAAAGAUCCAAGAAACGAGACUUUGAGACAACAAUUCGCCGUGGUGAAAAACAGGACAAGUGAAAUGUCUCAUGUAAGUGAAUAUGGUGACGUUCACUUGAGUUCAAAUUAUCUUUCUCUUUACAUUGCUUUGGAAUCUAGGAAGCCAAAUCAAACUUACUCCAUGACCAACCAAUCCGAGCCAAUUACUCCAUUGUACGUGGUUGAGCAACGCGAAGCUGAUCUUAUUUACUUCAAAGAAAUGGUCCGAAGAGCUCCCGAAGGCUCUAAACAAAAAAUUGAGGCUCAAAAGCGUUUAGAUGAUGUGAUUUCACAAAGGAAACAUGUGGAUCAAACCGUGCAAGCAAUUGCAAAACAAUUAUUUGGUGAAUCGCGCGGUCCUUCAUAUCUUACAAAGAAUAGACCAGCAGGAACCCCUCUUGUUGAUGAUUGGGAUUGCUUCAAAGCAAUGGUAAGUACUUAUGAAGAGCAUUGUGGAUCCUUACAAUCCUAUGGAAAGAAGUACGCUCGAGCAUUCGCAAACUUUUGUAACGCAGGGAUUCACAUAGAUCGGAUGGCACAAGUAUCGGCUCAAGUUUGUGCCAAGUGAAGUAGCUCUCGAUUAUAUGAAAAAUAAGAUUUGUAAACUAUAUAGUAUAUUUUUAUAAGAGAAGAAACUAAUAUCAAUUUCUUAGCAAAAUAUAUGUUAUACUGUAACUUUGGAAGAAAUUAAUCGUGAUAACAACGUGUUCUCAAUUGCUCCGUAUCAAUUUGAU